ACGGAAUUGUGCGCUUAUCCAUUCCAGCCUUUAAACCUGAAUAUUUAUGGACGGCAAUACGUUCCAGCUCGACUUUGCUGCGCCUUCGGGGAUGAUGAUGGACUCACUUACAGUUUUUCGGGAACGUCGGUCGCCGCCCAGCCCUGGACUCCUACGCUGCAGCAAAUUAAAAAUGAAGUUGAAGCACUCACCCACGAAAAAUAUAAUUACGUUCUGCUCAACAAAUACCCUGACGGAGAAGCCAAGAUCUCCGCGCACAGAGACGCUGAAAGCGCGCUAGACCCUUCGUGCAGCAUUCCCACACUGAGUUACGGUUCGACGCGAGAGAUGCAUUUUAUGAGGGAGAAUUAUAUGACUCACAUUCUGAGUCUGGAACACGGAUCGCUUCUUGUGAUGAAAACCCCUACGAACACAGUCUGGAAACACAGUAUCCCAACCCAACCCGAAGUGAAGACUACUCGAAUUAGUCUGACGUUCAGAAAAAUUUUACUUCCGCAAGGGAAGCGUUCGUGUGUUGAAAUGGACUUUAAUCAUUACGGUGGUAUAAUUAAUUCCGUAACCCCAAAACCGUGUAUGAAUAAAAAGAUUUUUCCACGCAAGAAAGCACGUUUAGAAGACGAGAUACGUCAGGAUGACUGGCUGAGUCGACAUGCAAAUUCAUGUUUAUCAUCAAAAAUGUUUCGCUGUGCUUCAAAUGAUGAAACUUUGCUGAAGCUUGAUUCUUUGCCAAAGAAUAUGUUUCAUCUCGGAGGGGAUAUUUUUGUGACUGUAUCGUGUUUCAUAGGUUUGACUCGUGUUCACGUGCGGAAAUAUGUGACUGAUGAGAAUGAUCUGUUACAUCCUACCAAAGAUGGAGUUUCGCUGUCUCCACUAGUAUGGAAAGAAUUCUGCGAUCAUGCAAAUACAUUUGCUUUCUUUGAAGACUCUGAAAGCGUUUCGAUUGUAAAGAAUGAUGUAUGUGUUUCGAAACAAAAUGUCAAAGGUGAAAUAAUUAUAUCACUACAAAGAUUAUUUCAAAGAAAAGAUUUUAGACUGGAAUUCGUACCGGAACAUGUUCUGUUGAGGAAAGAACAUUUACUUAAACUUGACUCAAAAUAUAGCGAAAUAUGUGCCGUCCUGAAAGAAACUCCCCCCCCCCUUAUUUCUAAAGCUCUUAACUAUUUCGUGAGAAAGCAGUUGGUUGCUGAUAUACAUUUUGAACGUGAAUAUGCUGGUGAUCCUGACCGUCCAAAUGGAUUUCAUGAAUUGCAGGACUCUUUGUGUAAGUGUAUUGAAAAAUUUAUUUCUAACAAAAUUACAGAACAUUUUGUAUGUUUUGGUUGUCAAGUAGGUUAUAACAAUCAGCUAGGACAUGAAUGCUUAUCAACAAGCCGUGCCCAAAAGUGUGAAAAUUAUUUUGACCAAGCUUUGUUUACAGUUAAUUGGACUGACAUAGCAAAGGACUUUAUUCUUCAAAAUAAAAGCAAUAUAAAUUUUAGUAACCUAAUUGUUACUGAUGACUUUUUUGAUGUUAUUAAUGUAAAUGAUGUACUGACUAAUGUUCAAAGUUUGUAUGUAGGUGAAGAAAUUGAUUUGUUUUAA